GCGCCGUGGCUUCGCUCGCAUACGAGCACGAGAAGCUCCUCUGGCCGAUGCGCUCAUUGGCUCGUAACGCGUGCAAUAGAGACUGAAAAAUAAAAUAAAGGCAAAGGGGAACUUCUGACUGGAGCGAUUACGAAGCUCCUAGCUCGAGAGAUGAACGGUACCGGGAGUGCGAAUCGAUCGAUCGGUCAUUGAAUCGUUUCAGCGAAUGAUAAAAUAACCCAAUGCGAGAACUUGCCCCGGUAGAAAUUCCGUGGAAUCAUGAAAAUUGGUUAAAACACUUGAAAUGAGAUUGGAAAGUAAAGGUUUGGAGAAACUGUCGCGUGCUCGUAUGUCUGUCGGAAGAAUUAUGAUACCGGAGUGCGCGAGAUAAAUGAGGGAUCAAUAAUUUCGUUUUGUGGUUCGAUCGUCGUUGUUGUUCUUCGCUUUUCUCGAGUGAAUAUUCCUUGUGAAAUAAUCGACCGGAUUCUCCGCUUGGUUCUCGCGACUGUGAACAGUAUUAAUAUUUUUUAUACUAAAAUAAGAAUUCGUUAAAGUAUAAAGUUCGCGCGUGCUGCAUUAAUAAUGCUCGUGUGAUAUGCCACUCGAUAAGAAGCAACUGCACUUCUCGUCUAAUCUUGAGACUCCCGAGCAGCUGCAACGAGAGUGAUUGCUUCGAUUGUUGUUGUCAUUACCAUUCGACGUUAACGGGAAUAUAAUUAACGCUCGUUCCAUCGCUGUUUACAAAUACGGGCGCACAGACGAGCGAGCACGAGUUGCGCGAGUCGUUUUCGUCUUUCAUACCGAGAGUUUUGCUCGAGCUCGAAGUACUUGGAAAAACUCUUUUCCUGCUUCCCACUCGAUAUUUCCCUAGGAUUUUCUCCGCCUUCGUAACCGCUUCGCCGCUGCGCUCAAUCGGCUCGAAAUCAGUCUGUCGAACAGGAAAAAGCGACUUUUGUGGCGGGCACAUUUGAAUGGCACCGGAUUUCGAAAAAAAGAGGGAGCCGAGGCGGGCUACUACGGCCACCGCUGCCAGACAUCACCGCUUCAUUGCUCAUCAUCCGUUCGUUAAGAGCGAUCUCGAAGGGAUGCUGCUCAUGAGAUGCGCCGCUAAUUCAUUCGCCACGGAUCAUUAUUAUCAUUACGGUAACAACGCAUCUGGUGGAACGAAUUCGGCGGUGACGGGCUCGACGGCGAGGAGCACGAUAACGUCGAGCAACCGUCCUCACUCCGCAAGACGAAUAGGACCCCAACAGCGUCACCAGCAGCAACGGAACCAAGCGCAGCUCGCCCAAGCACAGCAACAGACGAGAAGUUUGUCACUCACUUCGUUGAAUCCUGUGGCUGCUCGAACUUCUGAUGAAAUUGUUUCGCCAAGACCGAGCGGCAGUUCUGCGCAGGACGUUUGUGACAAUUCGAACGACUCGGGACUCGGUUUCGAAGAGAGGCAACAGCAACAGCAGGCCCAUCAGCAAAUCAAUAAUUCAACGUCGUGGAACGGCGCCGGCGAGGAGGACACCAAGAGACGGAAGAUGGACAUAAAGCUCGAGUCGGAGGACGCGAACUUCGCCUUUCCCGAGGUCGCACGGGGCGUGUCGUCGAGCAGCAGCAGCAACAGCAGCAGCAGCAGCAGCAGCUCGAGCAGCAGUUCGAGCAGCAGCUCGAGCAACAGCGGCUCCGAGGUCAACGUGGCGACGGUUGGAGCUCGGAAUGGCAGUGGAUUAUCGACGAGCACCUCGAACGGCAUAAACGCCGGUGGAAUUUCGAGUCGCGCUGGAAACGGGAGCACUUCUGUUGGGAGGGUCGUCGGCGUCACGAGACCGCGUCCGGCCAUCGGGGUUUACAACAAGAGACCACCACCGACGCACCAAGGUCCCGUCACUCUUACGUCGCAACUUUGCAGCGUAUCCCGAGACGGUAAGGCCCAACUUCAGAUAAUUUGCCAACCGGAACAGCAGCAUCGUGCGCGUUAUCAAACGGAGGGAUCCCGAGGGGCGGUUAAAGAUCGAACCGGAAAUGGUUUUCCGAUCGUCCGCCUCGUUGGCUACGACAAACCAGCGACUUUGCAGGUCUUCAUUGGCACAGAUCUCGGGCGCGUUGCUCCGCACAUGUUUUACCAGGCUUGUCGAGUCAGUGGAAAAAAUUCGACCCCGUGCGUCGAGCGUAAGCUCGACGGGACGAUCGUCAUCGAGGUCGACAUGGAUCCGACGAAAGACAUGCUCGUCACUUGCGACUGCGUUGGCAUCCUCAAAGAACGUAACGUCGAUGUUGAACAUCGAUUCCCUCAAGAGGCUGGCGUACUGCAAGGACGCAGUAAAAAAAAGUCUACGAGAUGCCGCAUGGUUUUUCGUACUACGAUCACACACGCUGAUGGCAGCAGCGAAACUCUUCAAGUUUGUUCACAACCCAUAGUUUGCACUCAACCUCCUGGUAUCCCGGAGAUUUGCAAAAAAUCACUGACCUCGUGUCCCUGCACCGGUGGCUUGGAGCUCUUCGUGUUGGGUAAAAAUUUCCUGAAGGACACUCGCGUUGUCUUUCAAUUGGACAACGAAGAUUUGACGAGCACUUUGGAGCCUCAUUGGGAGUGCGCUGUGAUACCGGACAAAGAAUUCCUCCAGCAAACGCACCUCGUUUGCGUAGUACCGCCUUACAGAAGACAGGAUCUCGCGCCGACGGAAACUGUGAACGUUAAAUUGUACGCUGUGUCCUCCGGGAAGACGAGCGAACCUCAUACAUUUUUAUACACCGCUGUUUCAACCCCGCCUGAACCAUCGAUCGGAAAAAUCGAAGCUGCUGUCGUUACGCCACUGGCCUCCGCGAGCAACGAUCCUACGAGUCUUACAACGUCGACAACUGCGGGACCACUCGCUGCAGUUACUACUAACGCACUGAUCUCACAAACGACUGUACCAGCUCCGAAUUUCUUGUCGAGUAUCCAACAGUCGCAAUCAUCACAGCAGCAGCAGCAGCAGCAGCAACAGCAACAGCAACAACAGCCGCAAACGGAUGUAUUGAAAAACGAUCCAAGCCCGCCGCCGUCAGCAGCGUCAGCGCAAGUAACACCAGUGAUGAUGUGGUCCUCGCAAUCUUCGACCUGUCAAAGCACAGUGUCCGACGUUAUGAUGCCUCCGCCGAAUCUCGUGGCAAAUCCGCUUCUGAAUCGAAGGUCGUCUUCGAACCACCAGUUGAUAAUACCGGACAAUUUGAAGACCGAAGUGCUGGACGAUAGCAGUGAGAACAGUAUGUUGAGCGAGAGCAGUAUGCAAAGUAUGCCGACCCCGACGUCGGUGAAUGGAGGAGGAGCUGGAACGAGCCCGUUGCACCAAUUGGUCGGUGAAAAUUCGGGGGAUGGAGCGCAAGCGAGUAUGAUAAGAUCGGUCACGGUGCCGACGUUGGCUUCGCCGCCGCAGGAAUCGGUCGGAAUUCUCGGGGUGGUUGAUCUCAUGCGGAAUCAGCAUCCUCUUUCGCUAUCAUCGAGUCACCCAAGCCCGUUCACAACGAUGCACGAUCAGCAACAAACUCACGUUAAAGUUCUGAGUCCUCAUCACAUAAACAAAGAUCCGAAUGGAAUAUUGCCGAGCGAAGCGGUGAGCAACGGCGUGGUGAUGCCUUUGCAGGGCGCCGGAGUUGUUGAUUUGCGAACGAAACAUCAUCAGUCGGAGUACAAUGCUCUGAGCAACUUUACGACGACACCGGCGGGUCAACCGCUGCCAGCUCAGAGCGGUCACAGCAUUGAAAAAUAUCUGAAUCACAUUGAAUCAACGGCAACUACCAUGUCAAAGGAAAACGAUAAUCAGGAGAAUAAUUUUGUCGGUGCCAUACAGCAACAGCGCGCUUCCAUAAUCGCCUCGAGCAGGCCACAAUCGUCCCAGCAAACUCCUAAUAUUUUGGCACCCAAUGCAGCGACCGUGAAGCUCGAUGCUCUCGUGAAUUCGGCUGCGGAUAGUCAUCAAUUGCCAAUGAGAUCGGUGAAUACGAGUCCAAACGGUAUGAUGGGUGGAGCACUGUCCGAUCAUGAGUCUAUGACGAGUCCGCAGCAACAAUCUACGAGAACGAGUCCACCGAUACCGGUAAAGACGAUGCUCCUCGAAGCCCUGUUGCCAAAUUCACCGGUGCAGAGCCACAACGGAAAUGCCCCAUCGAGCGUAGUCAGCGCGACUUCAGGAGUCAGCGACGAAUGUCCGGAGGAGAAUUUAUUGACGACGAUAAAUGCGGCUCUGCUGCCACCGCUGCAGGAGCCUCCGGUGGUCGUGGCGGCUCCUGCUGUCAUGAACAAUUCUCCAGUGAGCGUUAGUGCUCUGGCGGUUACGAGCGAGCCGAUAGCUCGAAGCGCCGAGCAGAUUCACCAAAUUCACGCUUUGGUGCAGCAGGACGUUGUGAUUCAGCAGCAAGUUCAAGAAGUCGAGCAGGUUGUCGCUCAGGCUCAGCAGCAAGUUGAGCAAGUCGUAGCUCAGGCUCAGCAGCAAGCUGUCCAAGCUGUUCAACAAGCACAGCAGCAAGUCGUCCAGCAGGUCGUUCAGCACGCUCAGGUUGUACAGCAGGCGGUACAGCAGGUUCAAGCUGCUCAACAAGUCCAAGCGGUUCCCGCUGUUCAACAAGCGGUCCAACAAGCCACCCAGGAGGUUCAGCAGGCUGUGCAACAGGCGACUCAGGAAGUAGUUCAGCAGGUCCAAGCGGUGCAGCAAGCCGUUCAGCAGGCUCAAGCCGCCCAAGCGAUGCAACAAGCCGUUCAGCAGGACAUCGGCUCAAUGCUCAAUCAACCAGCUGGUUUCGUCGCUGAAGCGAGCUCCGUCCUCGCCAGUGGCGCUGCUCAAGAGCCUUGUCAACAGAGACUCACCAACGCUGCGGAACAAGCGAUAAACAGCGUCAUAACUAACGCCACCCAGGAUAUCAUCAACAAUCGUCCGUUCACGACCACUACAGCCCACGCGAUCAUAGCAACGAAAAACAUUCUGAACAGCGUCGCUACCCAAAGUGCACAAUUGAUGAACACCACGAUGGAAGGCAUACUGCCUAAGUCCCCAUCCAAUCAGGCUACCAUCGCUGAGCAAGUUGCCAGAAAAUCCCCGACGAUACCGGUCAACAGCAAUCGACAAACGAACGGUUCUAUCCCGAAUAACGUCACACCGGCCACCGGACAACAACAGCAAGUCAUCAGAAAACCUGAAGACGAUGGAAACAUGCUACCGCAAGAACUGACCUCCAUGUCCGAACACGAUCUUCUUAGCUACAUUAAUCCUAGCUGCUUCGAUCCGCAAGGUGGUUUUCUCAUGUAAUUCAACUCCGGAGGGAUUUUGGGAAAAAGGGGAUAAUUUUGUAAUCGCCCGUUCAACCUUCCUUGAAAUUCAGGUCAAUUCAUUAUCCUUAGAAGGAUACCAAAGGCCUCUUCAUAAGAAUUACCGAAAAGCUUCAUUUUUCGGUCUUCCCUGGUGAAAUUCUAAACAUUUUGGCACUUGGUACACUGAAUCGGACUUUUUCAAACAUCAAUAUAAAAUUCGAGAACGGAUAGAGCUGAAAUGGGGAAAAACAAACGAUAGUUAUUAGAUGUCUAGUAUAUAUCGUGCCAUAAGUUGUUACUUGGUAUUGAUUAUUAUAUAUUGAAAGAGAAACGAAUAGUCGCCUUACUCCCCUCUCCCGUCCUUCAUUUUUCCUGUCACUAUGAGUAACACCGGUGUGAUAUUUAUCAUUGGAUUUAAGCAGCCAAUGAAAAAAAAAAAAAUAAAAAUAAAAAAAAAACCUUCGUGAUUGUUACUUUACGUAUGAUUUUGUUGUUGUUAUUUUUGGAAGAGAAUUUCAAAAUGUCAUAUUGAAUGAAGAAACAGCGCGUACACUUUGAGUGAAACACGAAACGGUGGAUCUGCUUCGAUCGUCGUAAAGUAAAUAACUAUUUAAUGUUAUGUAAUGAUUAUUAAAACAAAACAAUACAAAAAACAGAAGACGGGCGCACGUGAAAGCGCGACAAUUGAAUAUCACUUUUUUUUUCAACAAAGGCGAAUGAUGAACUUUAUGUCCUUUAUAAAUCUUGAUCAUCAAUGAGAAUUUCAUUAUAUAUUUAUCGUUCAUGGAUACGUUAGUAACGCAUUGAAAGUGCCUUUCCUCGUGACCUUAAUUUCUCACGAAAAAAAAAAAAAAAAAAAAACAAAACAAAACAAAAGGAAAUACGAAAGAAAGAUGCUCUAAAUGUACGUCUAACGAAUGAUACAACAAUCUGACCCCACUCGUAGAAGAAUUUAUGUUUUCAAUACAGUGAAACGUGUUAUUGAGUGUAGCCAAUUUAGGCUUAUAUUAUAUUACAAUAAGAUAUUAAUGUUACGAAUUUUAUCGAUUAAUUUGACUUGAUUUCAUUACUGUGAAGGAAAUACGAAAACCCACACAUGAAACGAAUGAAUCAUUCUAUUGUUUGACUCUGUUUUUAUCAUGUAAUUUUAUGAAUUUUUAAGUGAUGUUUCUUACAUUGUUUAAUAUUUGAAUAUGUUGUUAAUUUGUAAAUUUUCGUAUACGUGUGCUACCGGCCAAACGCUUUUUCAAUUCUAAACCCCAGCAGAAUAUUUUCUCAUCCAUAAACUCUCCAACGGAGUCGCAACGACACUAAUUUCCUCAUAAAGUGUCCCCUCGAUAUGACAACAUAAUUCAAUGAUAUACCGAACAAAACGGUAUCCGAUUAAGUCGCAUUUGAUCCUGAAUGAAUGACGAAAAACUAUGUGAAACGAAGAAAUGUUUUUAAAAAAUUGAAGAGUCGUCUUCUCCCCCCAAAACCACGGGGUCGUCUAUCUUCUCGUUCUAAAACUCAACAAUUACUAAUAAAUCAUGUUUCUUUCCCCGAUGAAUCAGUUUCCCCUCGAAAAAAAAACUGACUCCUCCUGUAAUCAUGUCUGGAUAGUCACACGUAUAUGACAAUGAUAACAAACGUUAUGUGAUUACGUUGAUAUUAUCAACGCCUAGUAGACGAUAAAAAAAAUUUAAAAAAAAAAACAAAUAUAUAUAACGGAGAGAUUAUAUGUCCAGACGAAAAAAAAAAGAAGAAUAGGGAACGAAAGUAUAUACGUAUGUAUCUAUUUACAUCAAAAAGGAAUAUAAAUAUAUAAAUAUAUAUUUCCAAUAAAAGAACAUAUGCAUACACAUUUAUAGAUAUAUAUUUUUUACGUUUGCCCAAAGAAACACGUUCAGAUAUAUAUUAUAAAUGUGAGAAGUGAGCUUACUACAAAGUUAAAUUGCUAUAAAGAUAUUCGAGCCGGUAAUAUAACGUCGAACAAUAUACUCGAAUAUAAAUUCAUAUAACGGUUUUAUGAAUGGAAAAAAAUUGAGAAACUAUGGUAAAUGGUAUAUGAGGAUUCUUGGAUACUACAUUAAAAUGAAAUGUUUUUGAAUCAAGUCGAAUUUUUGUACGAAAAAUUGAAGACGAAAUAAUGAUUAAUAUGAAAAAAACUUUUACUCCAAAUCUACAGAGUUAACGUGAUAAAAUGAAGAUUACAUAUUUGGUAUUUGUUAUAUACGAGAAAUAAUUAUACAUGGAAAAAAUAAACUUAACUUGAGAGAAAGCGAUAAAAAUUAGUGCACAUGUGAUCUCGCGAAGGAACGAAAAAUAGUAAAUUUUUUAACCUUCAACAUGACAGUGAAAAAUUGAUGGAAAAAACUUACGAAAAAUGAGAAAUUUUCUUCUCUGUGAAAUUUUCCCGUAUUAUUUCAAUGCUAUUUUGUUUAUUGCUCCUCCACCAUCCAAUAAAAUAAUCAUUUGUAAUUUUAUAUAUGAAUAUGUAUAUACAUUCUUAUUCAUCUUUGUAUAUGCAUAUUCAUGUAUAUGAAAAAUAUUGUACUCUGUGUAAUUUAAUAUCCGUAACAUAUAUCGUACAUACUUUACGCACAUCGCUAUGGUACCGAAUUUAUGGUGUCCUUGAUAUUGAGAAAAAAACAGAAAGCAUGUAUCAUCUUUUCUUCUAUAAGUUGAAUAAAUGUUUCACAGCA